GCGGUUCCGACCCCGCCGUGGCCCGGUGGCCGCCCGCGCUGCCGCCCGCCGCCCGCCGCCCCGGCAUCCCGAGCCGCGUCCCGCCGUGCCGGCCCGGGCGCAGGUGUUCAUGGAAGAAACGCCCCAAGCCCCGACUGGCCGGAAUAUUCCAUGAGGAAGGGGCUGCUGGAUCCGUGGGUCCGAGGACGCGGGACCAGCGCGGCAUCCCGAGGCCGAAGGCCUCCCUCCAACACAGUCCUCCAAGCUCUUAGAAAUCUCUGACACAUCUCCACCAUGAGACCACGGCUGGCUUUUGGCAGGAUUCAAGGCACGAACCCAGCAGCCUCUAACUAGUUCAUGGUGGAGCUUCAAGAAAUACUGGCCAGGAAGGCUCUCCCUUCCGGAGGGAAGAGCAGAGCGUGAGAGGAAGGCCACGCAGCAGAAGUGGACAUGAACGCUGUUUUCCAAAGAGAACAGUGUUUUAGUUUUGGUCAUCGAAAGUGGUGUCUUCAGCACAGAAGAGCGUGAAUUUCCCUCAGCGGCCGCUGUUCUCCAUCCCGGGACCAAAGGGGAGAAGGGACCCGACAGAGCUGCCCGAGGCUCCAGCGUGGCUUCUCGAGAGCCGGGACCGGGGAUGAUUGGGCCGUGCAUACAGAUGUCUCUAGCCUCCGACCGUUCGCAUAGCACACAGGGGACUCGUGGGUGGCCACUUGCCACUGCCAACUGAAACAGUAUGAUGGCGACAUCAACGUCCUUCAUGACGUUUCCACGACAGACAUUCAGGCAGAAAGUGCCGGUGUGUUUUCUGUCUUCAAAGUAGAGGGCCAUGCCUCACCAAUGUGAAUAGUUUGGGCCCCGAUGACCUGCUCUGAGUCCACUCGCAGCCAGUGACACUUGCAAAAAAAAAAAAAAAAAAAAAAACCACCUCCCAAAGCCCAUCUUGGGUUUGGUUUCCGUAACUCUUGACCAAUGUGGCCAAAGCCAGACGCCUCCUUGGGACACUUGGAUUAUUCAUAAAUGCAGCCUGCCCCAACCCUCCCUGAAUAGCAUCUGAAGUCUCUGUGGAGGUCAUGGAUCCUGAACAAAGUGUCAAGGGCACCAAGAAGGCUGAGGGAAGUCCCCGGAAGCGGCUGACCAAAGGAGAGGCCGUGCAGGCCAGCAUUGCGUCCAGCACCCCGUACCCAGGUGGCAGCACGGCCGCCACCCAAGAGGGCCCCCUCCAAGAGCUCCUAGCCCCGCAGCCCUUCCCGGGCCCCCCGUCGGUUCUUAGGGAAGGCUCUCAGGAGAAAACCGGCCAGCAGCAGAAGCCCUCCAAGAGGUCCUCCAUUGACACCUCCGUCCCCAUCUCCCAGCUUCCGCAGCACCCUCUGACACCAGCAUUCAUGUCGCCUGGCAAACCGGAGCAUCUCCUGGAGGGGUCCACGUGGCAGCUGGUCGACCCCAUGAGACCCGGACCCUCAAGCUCCUUCGUGACCCCUGGGCUCCAUCCGCCAAGCCAGCUCCUCCCCUCCCAUGCUUCCAUCAUCCCCCCCGAGGACCUGCCUGGCAUCCCCAAAGUCUUCGUGCCCCGUCCCUCCCAGGUGUCCCUGAAGCCCCCAGAAGAGGUGCACAAGAAGGAGAGGAAACCGCAGAAGCCAGGCAAGUACAUAUGUCAGUACUGCAGCCGGCCCUGCGCCAAGCCCAGCGUGCUCCAGAAGCAUAUCCGCUCGCACACGGGCGAGCGGCCCUACCCCUGCGGCCCCUGUGGCUUCUCAUUCAAGACCAAGAGUAACCUGUACAAGCACAGGAAGUCCCAUGCCCACCGCAUCAAGGCCGGCCUGGCCUCGGGAGUGGGUGGCGAGAUGUACCCCCCGGGGCUGGAGAUGGAGAGGAUCCCCGGGGAGGAGUUCGAGGAGCCCACCGAGGGGGAAAGCACAGAUUCGGAGGACGAAACAGGCACCACGUCCACCCACCCCGCAGAGCUCUCCCCCAGGCCCAAGCACCCGCUCCUGUCCAGCGGAUUGUACAGCUCCGGGAGCCAGGGCUCCAGCCACGAUCGCUGCUCCCUGUCCCAGUCCAGCUCGGCCCCGUCGCUCGAGGACCCUGCUCCGUUCACGGAACCCUCAUCCGAACACCCCCUGAGCCAGAAACCCGAAGACACCCACACCAUAAAGCAGAAGCUGGCCCUCCGCCUGAGUGAGAGGAAGAAGGUGAUGGACGAGCAGGCGUUUCUGAGCCCAGGCAGCAAAGGGAGCACAGAAUCUGGGUAUUUCUCCCGCUCUGAGAGCGCCGAGCAGCAGGUCAGCCCCCCGAACACGAAUGCCAGGUCCUACGCCGAGAUCAUCUUUGGCAAGUGCGGGCGGAUCGGGCAGCGGACGGCCAUGCUGACGGCCACCUCCACCCAGCCCCUCCUGCCCCUGUCCUCCGAAGACAAGCCCAGCCUGGUGCCUUUGUCUGUGCCCCGGACGCAGGUCAUCGAGCACAUCACCAAGCUCAUCACCAUCAACGAGGCCGUGGUGGACACCAGCGAGAUCGACAGCGUGAAGCCGAGGAGGAGCUCGCUGUCCAGGCGCAGCAGCAUGGAGUCCCCCAAAUCCAGCCUCUACCGGGAGCCCCUGUCGUCCCACGGCGACAAGACAAGCAAGCCCGAACAAUCACUGCUGAGCCUCCAGCACCCGCCCAGCACCACCCCCCCUGUGCCUCUGCUGAGAAGCCACUCAAUGCCUUCUGCCACCUGCACCCUCAGUACCCCUCACCACACCUUCCGAGGUAGCUACUCCUUCGACGACCACAUCACCGACUCUGAAGCCCUGAGCCGCAGUAGUCACGUGUUUACCUCCCACCCCCGGAUGCUCAAGCGCCAGCCGGCCAUCGAACUACCUUUGGGAGGGGAGUACAGUUCCGAGGAGCCGGGGUCCAGUAGCAAAGACGCGGCCUCCAAAGCCUCAGACGAGCCAGAAACCAAGGAAAGCGAACUCACCAAAAAGACCAAGAAGGGUCUGAAAACGAAAGGGGUGAUCUAUGAAUGUAACAUAUGUGGUGCUCGGUACAAGAAAAGGGACAACUACGAGGCCCAUAGGAAGUACUACUGCUCGGAGCUUCAGAUCACGAAGCCCGUCCCUGCGGGUGCUCACGCGUCCCCAGAAGCCGAAAAGAGUCAGGCCGAGCACGAGCCCUGGCCCCAGAUGAUGCAUUAUAAACUGGGGACCACAUUGGAGCUCACUCCGCUGAGGAAGAGGAGGAAAGAGAAGAGCCUUGGGGACGAGGAGGAGCCACCUGCCUUUGAGUCCACGAAAAGUCAGUUUGGCGGCCCCGGACCGUCCGAGGCUGUUCGGAACCUUCCCCUGGAGUCCACCAAGUCACCAGCAGAACCGAGUAAGUCAGUGCCCUCCCUGGAGGGACCCACGGGCUUCCAGCCAAGGACUCCCAAGCCAGGGUCUGGUCUAGAAUCAGGGAAGGAGAGGAGAACCAUAUCCAAAGAAAUUUCUGUCAUCCAGCACACCAGCUCCUUCGAGAAGUCCGACUCUCUGGAGCAGCCCAGUGGCUUGGAAGGGGAAGACAAGCCCCCAGCCCCAUUCUCCUCUCCCCCGCCUGCCCCGCAUGGACGCUCAGCCCACUCCCUGCAGCCCAGGCUGGUCCGCCAGCCCAACAUUCAGGUCCCCGAGAUCCUGGUGACCGAGGAGCCCGACCAGCCAGACACGGAGCCCGAGCCGCCCCCUAAGGAACCUGAGAAGACGGAGGAAUUCCAGUGGCCCCAGCGCAGCCAGACACUUGCCCAGCUCCCGGCCGAGAAGCUGCCACCCAAGAAGAAGAGGCUGCGCCUGGCGGAGAUGGCCCAGUCAUCGGGGGAGUCCAGCUUUGAGUCCUCCGCACCCCUGUCUCGCAGCCCCAGCCAGGAGAGCAGUGUCUCUCUGAGCGGGUCCAGCCGCUCCGCCUCCUUCGAGAGGGAUGACCACGGAAAAGCUGAGGCCCCCGGGCUCUCGUCCGACCCACGCCCCAAACCCUUGGGCACCCACAUGCUGACCGUCCCCAGCCACCACCCACACGCCCGAGAGAUGCGGAGGUCAGCCUCAGAGCAGAGCCCCAACAUUUCCCAUUCUGCCCAUAUGACUGAGACACGCAGCAAAUCAUUCGACUAUGGCAGCUUGUCCUUGACAGGCCCUUCUGGGCCAGCCCCGGUGGCUCCAGCAGCCCCGGCCACCCCGGCCGCCCUGCCAGAGAGAAGGAAGUGCUUUUUGGUGAGACAGGCCUCUCUGAGCAGGCCUCCGGAGACUGAGCCGGAGGGCACCCCCAAGGGAAGACAGGAGAGCGAGGAACCAAAGCCCUCAUGCAGUAAGCCUUCCACCAAGAGCUCGUUGCCCCAGAUUUCCUCAGUGGCCACCUCGCACAGCGGGCACCCGGGAGGCAAGAGCCAGGUGCAGGACAGACCCCCGCUGGGGUCCACUCCACCCUACACAGAAGCCCUGCAGGUGUUCCAUCACCCCAUCGCCCAGCUCCCCUUGCACGAGAAGCCGUACCUGCCCCCGCCCGUCUCUCUUUUCUCCUUCCAGCACCUCUUGCAGCAUGAGCCAGGACAGUCUUCAGAAUUCUUCUCCACCCAAGCCAUGCCCAGCCUCCUCUCUGCACCGUACUCCAUGCCCCCGCUUCCCCCUACCCUAUUUCAAGCCCCGCCACUUCCUCUCCAGCCUACUGUUCUGCACCCAGGCCAGCUCCACCUCCCCCAGCUCAUGCCUCACCCAGCCAGCAUCCCCUUUCGGCAGCCCCCUUCGUUUCUCCCUGUGCCGUACCCUGCCUCGUCGGCACUCUCUUCUGGAUUUUUCCUGCCUCUGCAAUCCCAGUUCCCGCUUCCGCUCCCUGGCGAUGUGGAAAGCCAUCUGCCCCAGACCAAAACCAGCCUGGCCCCACUGGGAACAGGAACCACCGGCCUCUCCCCCAGCACAGAGUACAGCAGUGACGUCCCGCUUCCCCCCGUGGCUCCCCCAGCCAGCUGCUCGGCACCCACCUCAGCCCCUCCGCUGACCCUGCCUGCCUGUCCAGACACCAUGGUGUCCCUGGUUGUGCCCGUCCGCAUUCAGACCAACAUGCCAUCCUAUGGGAGUGCCAUGUACACCACCCUCUCCCAGAUCCUGGUCACCCAGUCCCAAGGCAGCUCAGCAACUGUGACUCUUCCUAAGUACGAGGAGCCCCCAUGCAAAGGGACGACUGUGUGUGGGACAGAUGUGUACGAGGUUGGGCCUGGAUUGGCCAGGGUAAGUGAAGAGCAGAACAGAGGUUUCCCGACUCCAUACUUGAGAGUGCCUGUGACAUUUCCUGAAAGAAAAGGCACUUCCCUGUCAUCAGAGAGUGUCUUGAGCCUGGAGGGGAGCUCUUCAACAGUGGGGGGGAGCAAACGCGUCCUUUCACCAGCUGGCAGCCUUGAACUCACCAUGGAGACCCAGCAGCAAAAAAGGGUGAAGGAAGAGGAGGCUUCCAAGGCAGAUGAAAAGCUUGAGCUGGUAAAGCCGUGCAGCGUGGUGCUGACCAGCACGGAGGAUGGCAAGAGGCCAGAGAAAUCCCACUUGGGCAGCCAGGGCCAGGGCAGGAGGGAGCUGGAAACGGUGUCCAGCCUAUCCUCAGAUCCAUCGGACCCCAAGGAAAUGACUCCCCUUCCUCAUUCCUCACUGCCCCAUGUGACGGCCCCAGGCUCAGAGGCUUUGAAGGAAUACGCCCAGCCAUCUGGUAAGCCUCACCGGAGAGGGCUGCCCCCAUUGAGUGUGAAGAAAGAAGAUUCCAAGGAACAACCUGACCUCCCUCCACUGGCACCUUCCAGCUCGCUGCCUCUGUCAGAAACGUCCCCAAGACCAGCCAAGCCGCAAGAAGGUACGGACUCAAAGAAGGUACUGCAGUUCCCCAGCCUUCACACGACCACUAAUGUCAGUUGGUGCUAUUUAAACUACAUUAAGCCAAAUCACAUCCAGCAUGCAGAUAGGAGGUCCUCUGUUUACGCUGGUUGGUGCAUAAGUUUGUACAACCCCAACCUUCCAGGGGUUUCCACUAAAGCUGCUUUGUCCCUCCUGAGGUCUAAGCAGAAGGUGAGCAAAGAAACAUACACCAUGGCCACAGCUCCGCAUCCUGAGACAGGAAGGCUUGUGCCAUCCAGCUCCCGCAAGCCCCGCAUGACAGAGGUUCACCUCCCUUCGCUGGUUUCCUCGGAAGGCCAGAAAGAUCUAGCUAGAGUGCAGAAGGAAGAAGAGAAGCGAGGCAAGCCGGAGGAGGACGCUCCUGCCUCCAAAAGAGGGGAGCCAGCGAGGAUCAAAAUCUUCGAAGGAGGGUACAAAUCAAACGAAGAGUAUGUAUAUGUGCGAGGCCGCGGCCGAGGGAAAUAUGUUUGUGAGGAGUGUGGAAUUCGCUGCAAGAAGCCCAGCAUGCUGAAGAAACACAUCCGCACCCACACUGACGUCCGGCCCUAUGUGUGCAAGCACUGUCACUUUGCUUUUAAAACCAAAGGGAAUCUGACUAAGCACAUGAAGUCGAAGGCUCACAGCAAAAAGUGCCAAGAGACAGGGGUGCUGGAGGAGCUGGAGGCCGAAGAAGGAACCAGUGAUGACCUGUUCCAGGACUCAGAAGGGCGAGAGGGCUCGGAGGCGGUGGCGGAGCACCAGUUUUCGGACCUGGAGGACUCGGACUCGGACUCGGACCUGGACGAAGACGAGGAUGAGGACGAAGAGGAGAGCCAGGACGAGCCAUCGGGACCGGCCUCGGAGGCACCCCCGCCCGGCCCACCGGCCUCGCUGCCGGCAGACUCCUCACCAAGUCCGGGCCCUCAGCCCCCAGAUGCCACCUCCGGCAGCCAGGCCACACGGGGCAGCUCGGUCCUGGACGCCGAGCGCCUGGCAGCCGGCAGCUGCUCCACGUCCAGCCAAAGCGCACUGUGCCUCCCCCCGCUGGGACCAGCCCCCUCGGGCCCCAUGGAGAAGGACACAGGCUCAGCCCCGAGCGCCAAGGCUGUGUCCCCGAGAAGGCCGUGGUCCCCCAGCAGAGAAGCAGGCAGCCGCCCACCACCGACCCACAAACACUCACUAACCAAAAGCGACUCGUCUCCCCAGCGACACUCACCGGCCCGAGAGCCACAGGCCUCAGCCCCAAGCCCGCCGGGCCCCCGGACGGGCCCUCUCCCCUGUGGGUCUCCAAGACUCGAGCUCUCUCCUCUCACCCCCCGCCCCCUGGGGAGGGAACUGCCCUCCCGAGCGCAUCCGCCCCCUGAACACAAGGGGGCCCCAGACCCAGGCCCCCCCAGACACUCCCCCACCAGGAGACGGUCCCCGGGCCAGGCCGAGUCACCGCCACGGUCAGCGCUGCCGGGGAAGUGGGCCUGGGCUGGGCCGGGCAGCCCCUCAGCAGGCGAACGCGGCCCAGGCUCGGGGCCGGCCCCGCGGGCUCUCCACCCGCCCGCGCCUCUACCUCACAAGCUUCUCGGCAGAAGCCCCGAGACCUGCGCCUCCACGUGGCAGAAGGCCGCACCCCGGAGUCCCUCCUGCUCGCCCGGCCCCGCUCCCCCGCCCUCCUCCCGACCCUUCUCGGCCCCCCACGACUUCCACGGCCACACCCCAGCGCGGACAGAGGAGAACAUCUUCAGCCACCUCCCCCUGCACUCCCAGCACCUGCCCCGGGCCCCGUGCCCCCUGAUCCCCAUCGGCGGGAUCCAGAUGGUGCAGGCCCGGCCGGGCGCCUGGGUCGGCGGCUUCUCGGGCGGCGGCAGCGACCUGACGGGGGCCCGGGAGGCCCAGGAGCGAGGCCGCUGGAGUCCCUCCGAGAGCUCGCCGGCCUCCGUGUCCCCCGUGGCUAAGGUAUCCAAGUUCACGCUGUCGUCGGAGCUGGAGGGCAGGGAGCGCCCCGAGGACCCGGGGAGGACGAGCGGGGGCCCGGGCCGGCCCCCUGACCGGGAGCCCCGCGCCGCCCAGGUGCCCGCACAGCCCAGCCCCUGCGCCCCGCCCGAGGCCCGGCCGCCCCCUGCCCGCAGGCCCGAGCCCUGGAGCCCCUGCGGGGAGCCCGCCCCCCCCGCAGCCUGCGCCCCGGCCCUGGACCGCAGCAGCUCCGUGGGCUGCCUGGCCGAGGCCUCCACUCGCUUCCCGGGCCGGAGGAGGCACCUGUCCGGGGAGCCCAGGACCAGUCGGGGCUCCCCCGAGCCCUCAGGAAGUGGGGGGCCCGGGGCACUUCCACGCCAGCCAGAGGACAGGGGCCCCCCGAGCGCUUAGCCUCUCUCCGGCUGCUUCAGCAUCUGGCUUCUGGUGUUCGGCAACGGCAGACGUUUCCAGGCCGCCUCCUUGAAGUCAUCUCGCUCUCAUGGGCUCCGUCUCCCAUCUGUCCGUCUGUCCAAGAAGCUUCUGCUCCGCCCCCACCUGUUCUAUCUUCCCACGUAUGCAGUUACCUGUGCCUUUUUCUAUACCCUUUGUUGCUUGAAAAGAAACAAAACACACGCACACAUUAAAACACACACACACACACACAACCAACAACAACCCAUGAGGAGUUUGAGGCUGUGAAUAUUUUGUGCUUUUGUGAGAAAGAGUGUAGGUGGGGCCUCACCCUGGGCCACUGCGGUCUGCCGGCCACCCGCCCCCUCCAUUCCCCCAAGGCUGGCCAGAGGUAACCAUUGGCUGAGGGACAGGGGGAUGCACUGAAGGAGAAAAAAGCAAAAGCAAGAAGCUUUGAAAAACAUAUAAUUAAAUGUAAAAGCAAGCCCUCCUAUGUACAGGUGUUUAUGGUUCCUAUUUAUUGCCGCUUUAUUCCACCCCAGCCAGUGGCCACCCUCGCUGCCGGGAGAAGGGCCAGCGGCCCGAGGCAGAGGGACACGGGCAGGGGGACCCCACUCAGCCUCCACGGGCAGGCCCAGAAAACCCCAGCUUGCUUUUUUCCCCCGAGGAAAAGAAAAUGCCACCUUUUCUAGGAUUUCAACACAAAUAGGAGGAGGCGAGAGAAGGUAGGAGCUUGCUGGUCCCCCCGGGCUCCCUGAUACCCAGGUGGUGUGAGCUGUGGGCCCAUCCUCGUAUCCUGACAAACUCCCUCAACUCCCCACCCUCAACCGCUCCCCUCCACCCCCCACCCCUAGCCCCUCAGCUGCGAAAGGAGCCCUGAAUGUCCACCUCCUGGUUCCUGAGCACCUGACGAAGGCCUGGCUUCAGGGCUGAGCUAACAGGCUGCCUCCCUUGUUCUAGAAACUACCCACGAGGCCGAAGUGACAGGGCCCAACCCAUAGGGGUCAAGAUCCAAGGUGCACUGCCUCACCGUUCCUGAGGCUGGGGCUUGGGUUUCAUUGUAUGUUUGGUCCCUGGGGUUCAAAGGGCCCUAUUUCUUCCAUGGCGGGGCUUUUCCAGGGCUGAGCCCCAAACAUUUAUAGGGACCUGUUUCUGGGCCUCUUUUUGGCGAGAUGGGAAACCCGCCCCCCACCGCCAUCCCCACCCCACGCACCGUCAGGCCUCCACUACCCCCAGGAAGUACCCAAAACCAUGACUGGUGGGAAGUGCCCAGGCCUGUUUGUUGUGUUGGCUUAAAUCUCUUUUAAAAAUUACACACACACACACACACACACACACACACACACACACACAGGCGCGCGCGUAAAAAGAGAGGAUGGUGUUUGGAAUCUCCCAGCCUCCUCAGAUUCUCUUGACCUAGAAGAAUUGUCCCUGAGUCAAUUGAAUAAUUCUCCCAAGUAAUCAGUACUAGCCAGUGUCUCCUUCCUCAUCCCCAUCCUCUCCCUCAAGAAGCUGCCCUGGACCCCCUGAGGCAAAAACCUGCUUUGUAAGAAAAAUAAUAUGACCAGAAAUUAAAAUCCCAAGUUGAAAUGUAGAACUCAUGUUUGCCCUGCCCUGGGAGAGGCGAGUUUUCUCCCAACCUUCUAGAAUUUAUUUUCUUUAGUUUCUACAAGGAGGAGAAAGCACAGGGACCAUGGCCCACCGGGGCCAGGUGCUGAAGCCACCUUACAGAGCAGAGACUCCCUGACCAUCCCCAGUCCUCAGCCAGGCCAUGUGAAUCCUGUGCCUGGGGCCUCCCGAGCCGUGUAGACAGGACACCGGUUGAGGCCCUAAUUCCCUCCUGUGCCAGUUCAGGGCCUUUCCCUGCCUGGCCUCUGCUGAGCAGAUGGGCCAGCCCCAGGUUCAGCUAAGACACAAACCAGACAAUAGGGAAGGGCCUCCCUGGGGAUGUGCUGGGCUCCAGGGUGCUGGGGGUGAGGUUAGCCGGAGUUCUCAGCUGCCCGGCCCGGAGUCCUGGGCUCCUGUGUGCCCUGGGACAAGGCCAGCAAGCCCAGCCUUGACUGUUUGGGCCUCACAGGAAGUGGGAAGGUGCCCAGCCCCGGUUCCGGCCCCGGCUUCCCUCACCCUCACCUCUCAGCCCUACCAGUGGACACUUGUAACACUGGAGCCUGGGAGCUGGAUAAAGGGCAUCGCUCCAGCCCAGGUUUGAAACUCUCUUGGGCAAGAUCUUCCAGCCCAGGAGGGGUUUCUGCUAGCCGAGCCCAGCCCCAACCUUUGGGGGUGGCCACGCCCCUCCCCCCAGCCAUGCACACCCCCCCCCCCAACUCUCCUCCGUGUCAUUUCCCUGUUGAAGAGCCUGGCCAUUGAGCUUUCCUUCCUGGGAGACCCAGUCAUGGACAACGUGGCCAGCAGGGGACAGUCCUCGCAGCCACUCCGGCCCACAGGCACGGGCAGAGAGGACAGGCACCGGGAGUCACCAGAGACCCAUUUCUCAAUGACAAGGACACGAUGCACAAAUAGAAUCUGGCCAAAGGGCUGUUGCUCCACACCGAUCCCCAGAGGCAUGGAAUCGAUGCCACCAGCCUGGGACGUAUGUCCCUGGGCCCAGUGCUAACCCCUUUUGCCAGACUCUCCCCCUGCUCCCCCGACCACAGGGCCCCAGCCCACACACACCUCUCCAUAAUGCGGAAAGGACUUCACUGCAUGCCCUCCCGGAGCCCCCGUCCCACUCUCAACCACUCCCACCUUUGCAGUUUGUGAUGCUCGCUACUGUCCCUGUUAAGGGGGACAGGGCCGAAACGGUGCUGGGUUUCGCCAUAGACACCUGCUGGUGCUCCGUCGAAGUGUGCGGGCCGGUGGCUCCUCAGCCCAGGCUCACUCGGGUCCUUGGGUGUUGGCAGUGUGGCAGAAGCCAGAUUACAGAGGGCUCACAGCCAGCCCUCGCCUUCUGUUGGGGAUCCUGAGACACUUAGCCCCCAGGCCGGCCCUCCAGGAUGCCCUCACUGUCAGCACACUCGUGGGGGUUCUGGAUACUGACCCCGUUCUUCUCCAAGUCACCAUUCCCCAGGCUCAGCCCCAGACCCCCAGCCAGGGCUUACACUCUGCCCACCCACGGACACCCUCCAGGACCCUGACAGCAACAAGCUGCCCCUCAUUCCCUUUCCCAUCACCUCCAACUUGCAAACCCAGAGGUCCCUCUGCUUCCCUCUUUCGGAAAAAGUCUGAAAGAAUCAACUCCCCAAUUCCUGUAGCCCCAUUUCAUUCUCACCCUGCACUUCUGAAUAGGAACCAGCAAUAUAUCUGAGCUGAACAUGCUCUCUAGUCCUUUCUCCAGAAAGAAAAAAAAAAAAAAAAUCCUCCUGAAAGGAAAAGUCCUGCCUUGGAGACAGAUCUGCAGCAUUGACCAGGGGAAGAAAGUUCCCGAAGGCCUGUCCUACAAAUUCUGCUUCCGUGUUGUGGCUCCAGUCUGCUUUCCAUUAGAAAACCGCUUCGGCACUUAUGAUCACUUUACUAAGCCUAGUGUUAAAAAAGAAAGAGAGAGAGAGAGAGAGAGAGAGAGAGAAGAGAGAAAAGAAACGUGUAGGCAAAUGUAAGAUAUACGCUCUCUGUAAGAUAAAUAUUUGCCUUUUUUUUCUAAAAGGUGUAUGUAUUCCGUAUGUGAAAUCGUCUGUAGAGAAUUUCUAUGUUCUUAAAUGGCAAUACAUUCCAAAAAUCGUCCUGUAGAUAUGUACAGCAGCCACACUGGGAUGGGGUAGUUUUGCCUGUAAUUUUAUUUAAACUCCAGUUUCUACACUUGCAUCUUGCAAUGUCGGUAUGGUAUAUAUCAGUGAAAAAGAAACAAAACAAAACAAAAAAUCCAUGCAGGUCUAAAGCACAGAGUCUGAUAUACAAAAGGAAAAAAAUGCUCAGUAUUGAUGUGUGUGACCUUUGUUGUAAAUUACAUCUGUACUGUGAAUGAGAGGUUUUUACAAGUAUAAUAAUUGCCUUUAUUACAGCUCUGGCUGGGUGUUCAGCCUGAGGAUAUUUUUUAAAAAAAAGACAC